AUGCCUUCCGGCCUAGCCGGGUAUAGACGAGCAAGAGAUGACAGUUCUGAUGAGUCUUCUAGCUUCUCAGACAAGCAUAGAAUUAAAAGAGCUCGCCAGGACGACGAUAGUGAUUCUUUUUCUUCCUGGGGAAGCGACGUUUGGAGAGAGGUUGUUCUUACAGAGGAGAGGUCUCGGAACGCUCCGGAGUCAUCACAACUGACUCGGAAUAAAGAGGAUCACGAAUUCACCCAAGAUAGACUUGUCUCUAGGGAAUCUCAGGGUGAUAAAGACUCAUCUUCGGAGGAAUCGUCGGAGGAAUCUUCGGAGAACGAAGGAGUCGAGUUGACGGAUAAUGACUCUGAUUCUUUAGGAGAUAAGCAACUUUCGGUUUCUUUCGAUAGCUCGGAGGAAGAUUUAGAGUAG